CUAACCAGUCAGGCAGAGACCACCACCAGUUGAACAGAAGUGGCAUCGUAGAUUAGAUUCUGGAAACCAAAGCAUCUACCUUCGGACUGGUACUUAACAGUUAGUUACCUCUUUAUAAUCAAAUCCACUUUACGAUUGCCCUCUAAACUAGCUAGUUCAUCUCAGAAACCCAAUAACCCCACAGAAUCUCUAGUUUCAGAAGGUGUUUGGAUUUUAGAGGGGAUCUUAAGGAAAUGGCAACCAAUUCCUCCAAUGGUGAUCACCCUAUUACAACAAAGCAGCCUCCUUUGCCAUCCCCUCUGCGUUUUUCCAAAUUUUUUCAGUCCAAUAUGAGAAUAUUAGUUACUGGAGGAGCUGGAUUCAUCGGUUCUCAUCUGGUUGACAGAUUAAUGGAAAAUGAAAAGAAUGAGGUUAUUGUUGUUGAUAACUACUUCAAUGGCUCCAAGGACAAUCUUAAAAAAUGGAUUGGUCAUCCCAGAUUUGAGCUUAUUCGUCAUGAUGUAACUGAGACAUUGUUGGUUGAGGUUGAUCGGAUAUACCAUCUUGCAUGCCCAGCUUCUCCAAUUUUCUACAAAUACAAUCCUGUAAAGACAAUAAAAACAAAUGUGAUUGGUACUCUAAACAUGCUUGGACUUGCCAAGCGAGUUGGAGCAAGGAUUUUGCUGACAUCAACUUCAGAGGUAUAUGGAGAUCCCCUUGUGCACCCACAACCUGAGAGCUAUUGGGGUAAUGUUAAUCCAAUUGGAGUGAGGAGCUGUUAUGAUGAGGGCAAGCGUGUUGCUGAGACUUUGAUGUUUGAUUAUCAUCGGCAACAUGGGAUAGAAAUUCGCAUUGCUAGAAUUUUCAACACAUAUGGCCCUCGCAUGAAUAUUGAUGAUGGGCGUGUAGUUAGCAACUUCAUAGCCCAAGCACUUCGAGAUGAACCUCUGACGGUCCAAAACCCUGGAACUCAAACUCGCAGUUUCUGUUAUGUUUCUGACAUGGUUGAUGGCCUCAUCCGUCUCAUGGAAGGAGAGCACACUGGACCCAUCAACAUUGGAAACCCAGGUGAAUUCACAAUGCUCGAACUUGCAGAGACAGUGAAGGAGCUCAUCAACCCGCAAGUAGAGAUUAAGAGGGUGGAGAACACUCCUGAUGAUCCAAGACAAAGGAAACCCGACAUCACAAAGGCAAAAGAAUUGUUGCGAUGGGAGCCAAAAAUAACGUUAAGGGAAGGUCUGCCUCUAAUGGAGGAGGAUUUCCGUCUGAGGCUCGGAGCAGCCAAAAAGAACUAAUUGUCUGUUGCUUGAAAUUUGGAAAUAUAGAUGAUCAGACUUUUGGCCAUGGAAUGGAUGUCUGCAGAUUAGAGUGCUCCAGUAUGAGUUUGCUCGUCUCCAACAGCACUGAUUGCCAAACUGUGUGUUUUACACUUUUACUUCAUUGUGCUAUAACAGAAUAAUAAUUAGGUGAACAAUAUUUUUCUUGUUUCACUUCAAAAUGUGGGAAUGUGGGAUUCAGCACCGUCCUGUAGUUUUAAGUUGUUCUCAAUCAAAUCUACUACCAGGAACCCCCGAAUUUUGUUAUUCCAAUGAUUACUAAAUAAUAAAAUUAUACUUCUCAAUU